UCCUACUCGACGACGAAAACUGCUGGGACUGGGUACUGGGGACUAGAGACUACAGACUAGAGACUAUAGACCGAAGAUUGCAGUAAAAAUGCUGUUUAGAAUUGGAUAGAGAUUUCAGUUUGCUAGGAGACGAUCGCCGAACGAGACCGUAGCAGAAUAUUCAUGUCGCGCUGUGGCUAGACAUUAGAAUUAUAUAUAUAUACCCUUAUAUAUAUUCAUGUGCUACCAGCUGGCAGUGGCAGUUUUGAGUGCGGCACGACGCGUCAAGUGAAAACGAAUUAUAUUAAAUAAGAAGAUAAUCGAAUAAUAAGACGGCAGUUUCCUGACAACCCUUUCGACAAAGAUGACGACCCCGCAGUUGCUCAGCAAGAAUGUUCGAAAUAUGCCCAACUGGGUGAAUGAGGCAAAUGAUCGCAUUGGACCUAAGCCACCGCCCACGCCGCCAAAUGGUGUGGCCGGGGGGCCGCCUAAGGCCCCGGCAUUGCCUCCCAAAGCGAAGAAUACUCCCGAGCCAGAUUACGAAAUUAUUGAAUUCUCCAACCAGCAACAGUACUCCAAUGAACCGAUGAAAACCACAGUGAUCCGGACCAAGACACCAGAUAACAAAUUAAAGUGCACCUUGUGCGGUUCCCAGAACCCCUGGGUGACCUGUUCCGAGUGCGCUGGCCAGAUCUUCUGUGCCUCCUGCGAUGACAUGUUCCACAAGCAUCCCAAGCGCAAACAGCACAUGCGAAAGGCCGUCGAACAGGGCACUCCGCCCAUUCCCCCCAAGGCGCAGCCGGGAGGAGGAGCUCCACCGCCGGUGGCACCACCACGACGCAGCAAACGUGGUCUGCUGACACCGUUCCUGGGCCGCAAGGAUCAGAUGCUGCCGCCGCCCUCGCCCACUCCUUCGCACAAAUCUCUGGGCGGCUGGCGAGGACAACUAGGUGGCGGAGUAACUCCCCCACCUCCUGCUCCAUCAGCCCAUCAUCAGAUGAAUAAUCGCCCGCUGCCCGAGCCGCCACGAAGCGAGGCUGGCGGUUCCUCGAGGUCCGGAACCCCGAAGUCCGUGUUCGACGGCAUCCAACGGCCGCCUUCAGUACAGCUGGAGAAGAUCAAGAGCAAGGCCAGCGCCACUCUGGACCGCAUGGCCAUUCUGCAGCAGCGGUACCGCCAGCAGAAGGCGCGCCAGGAGCUAAGCGCCAACAGUGAGCAGCAUCUGCUGAAUGGAGCCGGCUUCGAGCCCUGGUCAACCAUCUCACCAUCGCCAUCGCAUUUUCGUUCCGGCAGCAUGUCAUCCGGUCUGAACUCAUCCCAUUUCGAUCUCUCGGAUGACUCACACAACUUUCACAAUUCCUUGCUGCUCCAACGACAGGCGGCGGGUGCACAGCGCCGCCAGAUGAGCACCUCGGUGUUUAACCUUAACACCGCCACCCCCCGCCGCCCACUGGCUGAGACGCAGAACGGUAAAGCCUGGUUGGCCAACCAACGGAUGCAACAGGCCCAAUCCCUGGCGCAACUCAAUUGUGCCGGAUGUCAGAGCCAGCAGCCACCCGGUUGGCAGCACCAACAUCUCCACCAGCACCCGGACGAGUGGUCCCAGUUUGGCUCCCAACAGCAGUUCAACAACUCGAAUCUAUCUCUCAACCUGGGCCCAGGUUACGUGCCCCAGCACCAUCCACAUCAGCAUCCCCACUACCCGCCGCCUGUUUUUAUGACCCAACGAGGAAUGAUGUAUCCAGGAGCACCUGGCUACCCCAUGAUGCAUCCAGGAGUCAUGGGAAUGCCGCCAACAGCUGCCUCUCGGGCCGCCUCCCGUUCCCGCUACGCUGCCUCACCUACGCCCAGUCGCAAGUCCAUGUCCUUGCGACGAAAGCGCACCAAUUACGUGGACGACGAGCUGACCGACGAUGAGGACUCCGACCAGGACGAUCGCCGAUCUCUGGUCUCCACUCGGUCUGGUAUGACCAGUGCAUCCCGUUCGCAGCCGCACCACCAGCCCCGCCAGAGGCGCCUGUCCAGUGCCUCCCAGUUAAUCGCCAACGACGAGCUGGAUGGUGAGCAGCGGCACGGAUCCAGGCAGCACAAGAUGCGGGAUAGGCGCGGCUCGGUCGCCAAGUCGGUGCAGAGUGAGUGGCUCCCGGAGAGACGAGACUCCCAGACCAGCAAUGGUGGCACACUCACCAGAAAUAAGCCAGCAACGGAUUCGGCCCGCACAAGUCGCAUUUACUCGGACCUGGAGUCGGAGGGUUCAGGAGCCCGCGCUCUAGUUCAAGCGAAAAUCCAACAGAAGCUCCAGGAAGCCGACCAACACAAAUCCUCCAAGAAAGCCGAGCCAAAACGGAAGCCAGAGAUGAAGGAUGAGAACACACAGGCCGCGGCAGUAGUGCACAAGGCGACACCGGCGCCACAAGCCCAAGAAGAAAGCGCCUCGGAGUAUGAGGAGGUGGUGGAGGAGGUUACAGCGUCGGAAAGCGAAGCCGAGGCUCAGCCCGAUCCCAUCGAGGAGCUUCCAGCGGAGCCUGAGACCGAUGACUUGGGUCCGCCACCCUCAACGCCGGACCACGAGUGGGAAUGCGAGUUUUGCACAUUCGUAAACGAACCGAACAUCAAGAUCUGCUCCAUCUGCUGCAAGACGCCCAGCAAGCCCCCAGUUCAGCCCAACAAGGCCAAAAAGGUGGAAGAAGUACCACAACAGCAGACAAAGGCACAAACCCAAUCUCAACAGCCUGGAAAAGCGCAGGUGGCUUCCCAGCCUGAAGCCAAACUGGUGCGAAAGUCCUCGCUGAAGAGCCAGCAGCCCAGCCAGAAGAUAAGCAGUGGUACCAGCACUGCCGCCCCAGCCACAAAAAUAGCUCAGCCCACCAGCAAAUCAAGCUCAAACCACUCAGCUGGAUCGAAUAAAGCCUCGAAGUCCUCCUCGAGUAUUCCUGUGGCGACGCCCUCAAAGCCAACUCUGAAAAACUCAUCCGAAAACGAGUCCGAUAACGCCAUGUCCAAGGGCUUCUUGCACAAAGAGUCCGUUGAAAACAUUUGGAAUACGCUGGAUGAGAGCAUUCAGGCGGAGGCGGAAAAGGUACUCAAGCAGGCCCACAAGGUGUCCACGGGCUGUGGCGGUACUCCGCCUCGUGAAGUAGCGGCUGUGGAAAUGGGAACUUCGCCGCCACCUCAGAGCAUUUCCACUCAAACCUACGAUGCUCUACCAUUCAACAAGAAGCAGGAGGAGAUUCCUUCUCUUCCCACAGAUCGAUUCAGAACCCCAGAACCAAUUAUUUUGGAACGCCGUCCGCACUAUCGCAGCAACUCGCAACUUCCCUUGGAGAACGAGCGGUAUCGCAGUGCCAAUGAUCUAAGGUUUCAUGAUGGCUAUGGACUGGAUCCCUAUAAUGCCGGUCAAGUCACCAGGCGACCCAAUUUCAUAAAAGAACUUCGAAUGCUGCAACACCAAACAUCUUCGCCUUUUGAUCUGCCCACUGAAUCCUUUGGUUUGAAACACGAGCCUGCCCGCGAUCCGGAAACAGAAAUGCACAUUAUUCUGAAGGAGCUGGAACUGUACAAGUUUACCAUCGAGGAGCUAGAGGCGGCUGUUAAGUACUGUGCCCCCGAUACCCAUCCGAUUCAGUGGCUCCGCGACAACUGGCAAAAGUUGGUCCAGACAGUGCAGAGUUUGUCCACCAAGUACGGCCAGGAGCGGGGCGAGAACACGAUUGGAACAGUGUCCCAGAACGAGGCACGUGAGGCGCUGCGAAGCUCUGGAGGGAACGUAUGGCAGGCGGUGGCCGACUGCAUCCAGCAGCGUCAGCAGAAGUACAGGAAGCUGGCCAGCAAGGGAAACUUCCUGCGGGACGACAUCGUCAACGCGCUGACAGCGCACCAAGGUAAUGUGGAGCAGGCGCUGCUGGAGCUGAAUCGCACGCAACUCAAGCCAUUCCUAAUGCGCAUCUGGGGCUCGCCGAAUGGCGUUGAGAACGAUAGUGGUGUGGCCAUUGACACCAAGUCGGAUAUCCAUGAAUUUUUAAACACCCACGCUUUGGAUUGCCUGCAGCCCCCGGUGGCCGGUGAGAGUCCCAGUCCGGGCUCGGCCCACCCAUUCGAUCCCAUCCCCGCCGAUGAUAGCCACAGCCCUGCCAAGUCCACCUACGCCACGCCCAGUCCCUACCAAAUGGAGGACAGUACUCUGAAAAACCUGGAGAUCCUCAUCGGUAACAUGGAGCAAAACCAAGCGAAGCAGAACCAGGAGGUGCUCCGGUCUAUCGAGAGCAUGCUGGAGACGUUCAAGGGAAAGUCGGAGCUGGAAUAUGAAACGGAUCCAGAGGUCAUGCGCAUUCUCACCAAGAGUCCCAUCAGCGCUCUGAAGGCUACGGGUCCGAUUGAAGACAAGUCCACCGACGACGUCAAGAACUUUGUUUGGCAACACAUCCAGGACAUAGUGCCCAACCUGGUGCAACAGGUGGAACAGGAGCUCAUGGAAAAAACCGAGCCCGAGGCUCCGGUCGAAGCCACUCAGCCAAAGUUGGAGAAUGCAGAGCCACCGCCUGAGCCUGAGCCAGAGCCAACUCCCGAUCCCGGCACCUACAUAAUGGAGGAGUUCAUAAAGCCCAACCUAAGAGAAGCCUCCAUUCGUGAAGAACUGCCUCCCAGUUUCAUCUAUGCCACGGAAAUAGCUAAUUUCAGGUUAGAGUUCGAUCGUGGCGCUGAGAGGGUUCAUGAGGCGGAGUGGGAGUUUGAUGAUUUAGAAGACGCCGAGCACGUAGUAUACAAGAGCUAUAUUGCGCCAAAGGAGAAGACUCCAGAUAAAGAGCCCGUCAAACCUGAAGAAGAAUCUGUCUCAGUUGCAACUCAACAGCAAUCUCAGCCAGAAACUAGUCCCAUACAGCAAAAGACUGAAAAUGUGGCGUUAACAAUUCCAACAGAACCCUCAAAUGCAAUUCCUAAUAUAGAAUCUUCUGUGGUAGAGAAAAAUGAACCUAGUGUGGAGAAACCUCUGAUUACCAAAGAACAGCCUAAUAAUUUUGAAACCCAGGCCGAUUUGGAUGAAAGGCCUUCCACAAGUCGAGAAGCCAGUCGCAAAAACCGACGCUCCCAGCAGCAAAGGAAAGGCAGAUCUCGAGAACAAAGUCAGAAACCUAUAAACAGAGUUAAAUUACCACAAAGUGUGGACGCGAAAGCCAAAAACACCACAGAACCACCAAAAGAUGCAUCCUUACAACCAGAAACAAAUAAUUCUAAGCCAGAGGAUAUUGUUAAGCCAAAAACUGUAGAAGUUCUGACUGCCACAGUUUCAAUUAACUCAAUAAAUCAUGCUAAGUUGCUGGAAAAUAAUGUUGCAACGAAUAAGAAUAUUUCUAUGGCUGAACCACAACCCGAAAAGGAUACAGUUAGUACUAUUAGUCCGGUACCAGUAGAUGAAAAAACUUCCCCGCCCGUUUUUGAAAAUAUUAUUUCCAUGGAACCUACUGAAAACUCACUAGAAUCUAACACAGAAGCUACCACAAUUAUACAGGUGCCCACCGCAUCACCACAGUCUUCGGAAAAUGUUGAGACGGCUCCCCUUGUAUCUGAGGCAAUAAUAAAGGAUUCUUCAUCAACGGAAAUCACUACUGUUGAGGCCGAAGAUAUAACGAUGCCCAUUGCUUCUGCAGACUUUAUAACAGAAAGAGAUGAAUCUGCUGUACCCGUACCGACCAGUAGUUCCUCAAUAUCCAAUGACCAGAAGCGAAGUCCAAAACGAUUCUCAAAGAUUCCCGUGCGAACCCUAAGCAGCAAUAGUCUUAGAAGUGAAAGUCGGGCCAGCAAUAGAACACCCGAAGUGGAAGAGCCUGCUGUAGAAAAUGAUGCAAUUACCACCCCAACGGCAACAGCUGAAGUGUUAAUUACAAAUAAUGAAGCAUCUAAUACUUUUAAUAAUAUUUCUCUUCAAAAUAAUGAACAAGAAGAGGUCAAAGAUAUCGCUGCAUUGGAAGCCCCAAUUAUUCAAGAAGACAAUGAAGAAGCUCAAUCUCCACAAGAAACUGCGGCAAGUCAUGGGGAAGAUUUAAUAUCCAAACUCCCAGAACAGAGUAUACAGCCUGUCCAUGUAGAAACAGAAGCCCCAACAAUGACAGCCACUGCCGUUAGUCCUUCCCACUCCGAUGAAGUAUUUGAGGAUGCUCCCGAGUUCAGUGGCAGUGAGGGGCCAAAGCAAAACGAUGAGGGAACCUCUGAUACCGAACUCUACAGCAUGGAUAGUGAUGAUCACCCGACAGAAGCCACAACCGCUAACACUGAGGUGCUGCUCGUACUAGAAGGGGAAUCCCAAGUGGAGUCCUCCAUUGCAAGGACUAGUAGUAACACGAGUAUUGGGUCCCAUUCAAGCCAAUCGGAAACAUCCAAGAUAGUGCUCAAGGAAUUCGUGCCCUCCGGUGAUCCCUCCAAGCAAAAUCUCAGCGAACUUGUCGAGGACACUCAGCGAUUGAUCAAACAAAUGCGCGAGGAAAUCAGCAUGGAUGAGUUCGAGUCCACGGACGAGGAUGACUACUCCGACGAGUACUCGGAUGAGUACGACGAAGGCGAGGAAGAGGAGUGGUACGACAGCGAGAGCGAAGAGGAGGGCGACUAUGAGGGGGAGGAUGGGAACACCUAUAACGAGCACACAUCCUUUAUCGAAGAGGCCUCUACCGGGGAUGAGGGCACUGAAAUUGAGGACAUCAUGGAGGAGGACGAAGAUCAGUUGGAUGAAGACGAGUCGAAUCUUACACAAACCGCACCAGAUCACGAACCAGUCAUCCUGCCCUCCCCAUCAGUCACGCCCACAAACCAUGAACCUGAUUCAGUCCCUGAGACUGAGUUUGUUUCCUCCGCAGGAAAUAGUCCAGCAGUUACAAAUGAUUCACCUGCAACGGAAACUAUCGUGCCUCAGCCAAGUAUUCAGGAGGCAACCAAAAUGUCCUCUCCGCCCCUUCCACCGGAAACGGAAAGUCUACCAGUGGAUGAAUCACCAGAGGUUGUGGAGGAAGUUGGGCCAGAAGCAGAAAUUCCCACAGAAGUCGAGUUGGAGCCAGUUGAAGAACCCGCUGCCCUUCCAAUAAUUCCCGAUCCACCCAUUGUCGAUUCUGAGUCCCGACCCGUGGAACUGCCCGUGGAGACGGUGCUGGAAGAGCCCAAAAAGGUAACCCCGAGCACAAAAGCCAAAACAGUGAACAAAACCACUGGCAAAGCAGAGGGACCCACACCCAAGACAACCAAGUCCACAGUCAGUAAGAUACCCAAGCCCACAACUGAACCCACUCCCGCAACCAAGAAACUUCCGCUUCGGUCCAAAUCCUUCUCGGCGCCCAUGGGCAUCUCAUCCGUGAAGCGCAUCCAGCAGGAGUACCUGCAGAAGCAGAGUACCACUAGCGCGGCCAGUCGUGUGCCCCUCAAGAGCACUCCGACCACCAAGAAGUCCAUCAGCGAUGCCAUCACCAGGUUCAACUCCAACUCCUCGGAUGGACCCAGUACAAGUGGUGCUGCGGCGGCUGCAGCGGCCCUCUUGAAGCCCCGAUCCCAGCCCCGUAUUCCCAAGAAAAAGUACCACGAAACGUGCUUCUCCGACGACGACUAUGAGACGUCAGCCACUGACGAGGAGCAGGAGGAUCUGAGCCAGGCUGAACCCUUGAAAGCAGAACUGCUAAAGCGUAAGCUGAGUAUGCCCGUCUUCCGGGCGUAUCCUAGUGUCCAAGAGCCGGUUAUUGAGGAACCAGCGGUCUUGGCGCGAAAGUACGUGGAACAGGAUCUGGUGAGAUCUAUAGCCGAAGCCCAGAUAGCCGCCACCUUGGUGAACAUGAAGUUCCAGGAGGACGUUGCCUUGUGGGCGGCCAGAGAGUGCUCUGACCUGGAUCAUGCCAUUGCCAUGCUCCAGCAAGAGUGCGAACUGUGCAUGAACACCUACCCAAUGAACCAGAUAGUUUCCAUGCUGAAAUGCACUCACAAGUGCUGCAAGCAAUGCGCCAAAAGUUAUUUCACAGUGCAGAUCACCGAUCGCAGUAUCAACGAUUGCAGUUGCCCGUUUUGCAAACUGCCCGAGCUGAGCAACGAGGCCCAGCAUGAAGAUGAGCACCUGGAGUACUUCUCCAACUUGGACAUCUUCCUGAAGAGCAUCCUCGACGGCGAUGUCCAUGAGCUGUUUCAGCGCAAACUCCGCGAUAGAACGCUCCUGCAGGACCCCAACUUCAAGUGGUGCAUCCAGUGCUCCUCCGGAUUUUUUGCCCGGCCCAAGCAGAAGCGUCUCAUCUGUCCGGACUGUGGCUCCGUGACCUGCGCCCAGUGCCGUAAGCCUUGGGAGCGCCAGCACGAAGGCAGCAGCUGCGAGGCAUACCUGGAAUGGAAGCGGGAGAACGACCCAGAGUUGCAAGCCCAGGGUGUCCAAGAGCAUCUGGCGCACAAUGGCAUUGACUGCCCCAAGUGCAAGUUCCGAUAUUCACUGGCCAGAGGAGGCUGCAUGCAUUUCACCUGCACUCAGUGCAAAUUCGAGUUCUGCUACGGCUGUGCCCGACCCUUCAUGAUGGGCGCCAAGUGCACGGUGUCCAACUACUGCGCCAAGCUCGGCCUGCACGCCCACCAUCCCCGCAACUGUCUCUUCUACCUGCGUGACAAGAUUCCCAUGCAACUGCAGUUCCUGUUGAAAGAACAAAGGGUCAAGUUCGACACAGAGCCCAUUCAGACCAAGGACGAGUCGAGUAGUUCCACAAAAGCCCGGGCACAAGCUCGCUGUCCUAUUCCCCUGCAGAAGGAGACUCCCCAGGGACUGGUGGAUACGGUGUGCAAUACCGAGGUGCCCGACAAACACGCCGGCAUGUGUCGCACCCACUACGUAGAGUAUUUGGCAGCCAAGGUGGCAAAAGCUGGCAUCGAUCCACUGCCCAUUUUCGAUCUGACGGACUGUGUGCAGGAGCUGCGUAGGCGUGGCAUCGCCCUGCCCGAGCGCGGCCCCUGGGACACCGAUGAGAUAUACAAGAACAUGUGCUCGGAGGUGAUCAAGAAGCAUAUUCCCCUGAAAUCGGCUUAAGAUGGAGAGAAGGAGUACGAGAUGUUCUGGAAGCGAUCGACUGUGGCACUUUUUCAUUAUUUCAUCUAUGAUUUAUAGUAGUUCUUUUUCAUCUAGAUUCUAGACAUUUUCAUAGACCUAUACACCAAAAAAUCUUACAUCUUAGACAGCUCGUUAGACAUUAGAUAUAUAUACGUUUGCACCAACCCACUGGCACACCCAUAUAGAGAAGCAUCCCAACUCGUUUAGUUGCUAAGAGAUUGAAAACACCGGCCCCAAGAUCAACACGUGUACCAAACUGCAUCCAAUAAACCUUGUGUGUGAAAAUCGAA